AUGGACUUGAAACCAUUGAUUGCAGAGAAGCCAGUGGUGAUCUUCGGCAAGAGCAAUUGUGUCAUGAGCCACACAGUGAAGGCUCUGAUACGCAGCUUUGGUGCCAACCUUGCAGUUAUUGAGGUUGACAAAAUGCCAAGUGGCCAACAAGUAGAGAGGGCACUGCUCCAGCUAGGUUGCCGCCCCAGUGUGCCUGCAGUGUUCAUAGGACAAGAAUUCAUAGGUGGUGCUGAUGAAGUAAUCAAACUAAAUGUUCAGAACAAGCUUGCCCAAUUGCUGCUCAAGGCUAAAGCCAUAUUUCUCUGAAGUUGCAAACUCGAGAACCCCGUAUGAUCAAAUAAGAGGUUCUAAUUAGUUUUUUCUAAGCUAUGAGAACUAGCUCUGUGAGGCAGUUUAGUAUAGAGAGUCUUCUACUUCUUGCCAUACUCUUGUAUUCUCCAUUUUUCCUUUGUGUUCUUUUGUGGAGCAGAACAGCACUACUCUUCUUUUGUAUAUUAUUGCAGACCAGGCUUUAACCACACAUGGUUUGGCCAUUUCAUCGUGUAAUUCUCACCCGUUAAUAAUCUCAUUUUCAGUUCUGUGGACA